AAAAAAAAAGAAAGAAAAGAAAAGAACGAAGGGACCGCAAGUCGUCUUUUUCUUUUUUCUUCUUUUUCGCCACUUUCUGCUGGGGAUUAUCAUUCUUGUUUUUGCAACCCCUCUCUCCCUUGCAGUCUGUAGGAUUAUAAUCCUGACUUUAUUCCUGGGAUGGAGGACGCCGGGAUGCAUAGGGGGAUAUGGGACGGAGACGCCAAAGCGGUCCAGCAGUGUCUGACGGACAUUUUCACCAGCGUCUACACCACCUGCGACAUCCCGGAGAACGCCAUCUUUGGCCCCUGCGUCCUCAGCCAUACCUCGCUCUACGACAGCAUCGCUUUCAUCGCGCUCAAAUCUACGGACAAGAGAACCGUGCCGUACAUAUUCCGGGUGGACACCUCUGCAGCCAACGGCUCCUCGGAAGGCUUAAUGUGGUUGCGCCUGGUCCAAUCGGCUCGAGACAAAGAGGAGCAGAAUCUCGAAGCCUACAUAAAAAAUGGACAGUUGUUUUAUCGCUCCCUGCGAAGGAUUGCCAAAGACGAGGAAUUACUGGUUUGGUACGGGAAAGAACUGACCGAAUUGCUUCUGCUGAGCACCGCCAGGUCCCACAGCAAAAUGAAUGGGUCGUCCCCUUACACUUGCCUGGAGUGCAGCCAGCGCUUCCAGUUUGAGUUCCCGUACGUGGCCCACUUGCGGUUCCGCUGCCCCAAGAGACUGCACGGUUCAGACAGCAGCCCAGCCGACGAAUCCAGCACCAAGGACAGCAGCCCCAAGGCCCAAGAAGGCACUUUGGGGCCUGGAGCCCACAAGUACCACAUCAAGCCCAACGGGGGCCAACAGCAGACCCACCCUCAGCAGCAUCCCCACGCCCACGCCCCGCCUCACCAUCGCCACCACUUUGCCGGCCCUCAGGACACUAACAGCAGCAGCAACGGCGGCGGCGGCAACGUCAGCAAGCCUUCUACAGACUUUCACAAUUUGGCGCGGGACCUGGAGCACUCGCGACCCAGCAGCGGCUCUCCCAACCACAGCCGGGAACAGCUGGAGGGCAGCCCGGACGCCUCGCAGCAGAGCCACGGCAGUAAAGCCAAGCGGAAAUACCCGGCUGGGGAGGCGCUAGCGGAGGAGAGGGGAGCGGCGGCCGCUAGGGGGCGCUUGGAGAGGCCGGUCCCCUCCUCGCCCAAGGAGGAGCUGGUGUGCACCCCGCAGCAGCAGUACCGGCCAGCAGGGAGCUACUUCGGCUUGGAGGAGAGCAGCCGCCUCUUCGGACCUCCCAGCCCAGAGACUGGGGAAGCCAAGAGGAGCGCCUUCGUGGAGGUGAAGAAAGCCUCGCGGGGGCUGGAAAGCGGCGGCGGCGGCGACGAGGAGAAAGAGCGAGGAGGGGGCUCUCCCAGCAGCGCACCAGCCGGGGCGGCCGCGGCGGACAAGCAGCCCCCGCCGCAGCUCCUGGGCGCGCGCUCGGGCGGCAGCGCCUUCUCCACCGUGCCCUCCUCGCAGCCGUCCAGCGUGGGGAGCCCCGAAGAGCGGAAAAGCGCCUUCUCGCAGCCAGCGCGCUCCACCUUCUCGGCCUCGUCGUCGUCGUCGGCCGCCUCCUCGGCGCACGUGACGCAGCUGGUGCUGGGCCAGAAGCUGAGCGCCCUGGUGGAAGCCGGCUGCCACGCAGGCGCAGAGGGAGGCGCGCGCCUUUACGCCCCGGACUCGCUGACCGUCAAGUUGCAGAGCUUGCCCGGCGGGGAGAUGAACGGCGGGGGGGCCGCGGCGGGCGGCGGGGGGGCCGCGGCGGGCGGGGGCGGCCUGCCCAAGCAGAGCCCCUUCCUCUACGCCACCACCUUCUGGCCCAAGAGCUCGGCGGCGGCCGUGGCGGCGGCCGCGGGGCCCCUCCAGCUGCAACUGCCCUCGGCCCUGACGCUGCUGCCGCCCUCCUUCACCUCGCUGUGCCUGCCGGCGCAGAACUGGUGCGCCAAGUGCAACGCUUCCUUCCGCAUGACCUCUGACCUGGUGUACCACAUGCGCUCGCACCACAAAAAGGAGUACGCGCUGGAGCCCCUGGUUAAGAGGCGGCGCGAGGAGAAGCUCAAGUGCCCCAUCUGCAACGAGUCCUUCCGCGAGCGCCACCACCUCUCCAGGCACAUGACCUCGCACAACUGAAGGCCGGCCCGUCUGCACUGCACGUGGAAGCCGGCUUUCUCCCCAAAGAGAGCCGGUUUGACGUUCUCGGCCCGCCCCACCACCACCACCACCACUAAGGAACUCGGGGGAGGGGAGGGUUGAAAAAGGAGGGCGGGAUCUCGGAGAAAGGAUUUCUGAGCUCCCUAUCAAAACGAUUUCCCAGAGUCUGGUGAGGUCCCGGUUCCAGGACAGUUAGACCGGUUUCGAAGUGGUUUCAGUUCGUUGUGUUAAAAAGAGGCCUCCAUCGCUGGGGUGAUAUGCACAGAGAGAGAGAGAAACAGGCACGUUCAAGGCAAAGCAUAUUGCACCAUCCAAAAGAGAGGGUGAUUGAGACAAGACAUCACACACUCUGGAGUAGUUCUGAAGUGGCCUCUUCCCAUUCCUGCCACAGGUUGCUCAACAAGGCCCUCAGAUGGUACCCAUUGGUUCUAACUGGACAGCUCCAAAAUACUAAAUAAACCACUUUAUUCUGGCAUAGCUUAAUCAACUUCAGUUGAAUGAACUUGCAGGGACAAAAAACAUGCCGCACAUGCUCUGAAUUCAGUUUUGAAGCAGGCACAAUAUAUUUCUGGAAUGGGACUUUCAGGCUCAGUGGAACUCAGAUCUGAGGAAAAGGACAUAGGUUAAAGUUGUGUGCACACCCCUAUGCUCCUGUGAGUCCUAUUCAGCUCAAUAGAACUGAACAAACAUGCAUCAGACAAAAGCCCUAAUGGAACUCUAUGGGAAGUUUUUGUCAAUAUGCAUAGGGUCUGGCUGCAGAUAGGAUGGUUUAGAGCAGGCGCUCUCAGCCUGUGGCACGCCAGAUGUUGCUGAACUACAACUCCCAUCAUCCCCAGCUACAAUUUGUUGUGGCUGGGGAUGAUGAGAGUCGUAGUUCAGCACCAUCUGGAGAACCACAAGUUGGGAACCCCUGGUUUAGAGAGAGAAAUGAGAGGACUGUAGUCUUUAACAAAGUUCCCAGACAAGGCCACACACCAUAGGUGGUGUGAUCUUAGGUCACACUAAAGCCCAUAAAAAUUUAAACCAUUAACAGUGAGUGGAGUCAAGGCUUGGUUGUCAUUUGUCCUUCUGUGAAUGGAAGUCAUAGCCAGUCAUAACUGGACAUGUCCCUUUGUGUGAAUUUUGUCGUGGCCUUUCCAUGGUUUCCUGGGGUGUGGCCUAAACCCCUUUUAGCCUUUUUGUCUUCAGGUCUAAGUGAAGAUGAGUUUUCAGCCACAGAAUGCCAACCUGUCCUUUUCAACUAAUGGAGAACAAACUGGAGUGCAGGAGGGGGGAGGGUAGAAAGUCAGAAAUCAGUGGGUAGAGCACAUGCCUGGCAUGCAGAGGGCUCCAGGCCCAAUCUCGGAAUCCCCAGGCAUGUCUGGGAAACACACACACACCCAAUUGGAGGGCCAUCUCCAGCUGGUGCAGAAAAAACACUGAGCCAGAUGGAUGGAUGUGCAGCACAAGAUAGCCCCAGAUGUUCACAUAUGAAAGGACUGGAUAAUUUGAGAUAAUAAAGGUAGAACAGAAAAGAGGUUGUGACAAGGGGCAAAAACAAGGCACAAUGAGAACCAAGAAUUCUUCAGGUUUUUUGCAGAUAAUCCUGCCUGAGAAACCUUAAAGAAGAUUUUCCCUGUAAAGGGUGGGGGCACACUGUCCCUAAAUUUAAAAGUGCUCGCUUAUGAGUAAUUCCAUUGAUCAUCCCUAUAGUUGAUAAAAGCACCAUCAGAAGAGGAGGAGGUGUUUUGCCUGUUGAUGCUCUGUCAACACUCUCGUAAUCUGCAUUGUUGUUUUCGCUGGGAUUCCUCCUGAAUUUAAGGCUGAAAUCUUAUGCACCCUUACUUGUGAGAAAGUCUCAUUGAACUGGGGACUCACUUUGGAGUAAAUAUACAUAUAGGACCAGGCUGUGUGUGCAUUUGUCUCUGCAUUUUGAACCCAUUUUAAAGCAUCUUGGGAUUGGGGCCAGCCACAAAUGAAGCAACCCCGCCCCCCAAACCACUUUACAAAAUCUAAUGCCUGUGCACAUGUUUACCUUGCAAAAAAUAAAAUGGUGGUCGGUAGGGCUUUCUUCUUUUGUUUCAAAUGCACGCAUUUUCACUUUCCAAAAAAGUAAAUAACUUUUUAAAGUACAUUUUUAAAAUGUCAUAUAUUGCAACAUAUUGAUGCAUUUGUCAUACGUUUCUACUUAAAUUAUUAAGCACUUAUGGUUUAGCUGUAAUAAUAACUAUAUGUAAGGGUAAAAAAUUUAUUUUAGAUAUAAAGCAAAAUUAAAAAAAAAAUACCGAAGGAAGAUGCAAUGCUUUUCUGCAUUACUUGAUGACAGUUUAUUUUCCUUUCUCUCUGCAAAAAUAAUAGUAAUAACGAUCCAUAAAGACUUGAAUUCAAUUUACGUUUUCAACGGGGAGAGUGCAUGUUAACAUAUACAGACUAUGGACUUCGGUGCAGAAUGUCAUCGAUUCUGUAAAUACGGAUUUUCUUUUAAUACAAAGUGUAAUUUUGUGCCAGUGAAUUGAAGUCUGAAUAGUUAUGUGGUUUCUUUCUUUCUUUUUCUUGUUUUUCUUGAAAAAGAUUUAUUAAACUUUAUAGUUUAUCUGGGUAUGUUGGAUGCUUUGAGAAUAAAUGACUUUAUUUUCUUCAAAAGCA